CGGCCUCGUUGUCGCCGCUAGACUUCCGUGCGUGUGUGUGUGUCGGUCCGGUCCUCAGGGCCUUAACACCGGGUCCCGGUCAGACCUGCAGACCGCCACGCGGAGCUAUGGACCCAUAACGGACAUUUUGGGUCUUUCUUCUUCUGCAAACUUUAUUUAGUUGCGCAUGUUUGUGUUGGCGAAGUCUCGCGAGAAGAAAGGAUACACGGGAUCGGGAACUACUUUCAACGUACCUGACUAGUUUCUUUGACAUGGAGCCGGCAGCACAGAUCCAGCAGCAGCGCUGCAGCUGUGGCUCCUCCUCCUUCAGGUGCUGGUGUCUGGACUGUAAUGAAGCCCUGUGUGAGGUGUGCUUGUCGGCUCACCGCAGAGUGACGCUAACCAGAUCGCACCAGAUGCUCAAUCAGCCGCCGUCAGGAGAUGUCUCAUCUCCUCCCAUCAAGUUCUGUAGACUCCACCCCUGUGAGCCGCUGAAACUCUACUGCUUCACCUGUCAAGAGCUCACCUGUAGAGACUGUCAGCUCGCGUCCCACAUGAACCACAGGUAUCUUUUUGUAAAAGAGGCGCUGGCCGCUGUGAAGACGCAGCUUGAGAACCGGGUUCAGCCAAUCACAGCGCAGAGAGACACAAUGAGGCGGAGCCUGUUAGAUAUGAAGACCAGGGUGCAGGACAUCGCUGAAAGUCGUUCCAAACUGAGGUCUGAGCUUCAGCAGUCGUUCAGCGUCAUCAUGGACAAUCUGAUGAAGAGAAAGGAGGAGAUCCUGAGGCAGGCCGAGGAGGUGAGUUUGUUGGAGAUCGAGCAGAUUAAGAUGAAGAUGGCGAAGACGAUGCAUCUGUUGCAGAACCAGCUGUUAAUCACGAAAAUUAUAGAAAAAGCCCAAAACACCAACGACCUGUCGGCCCUGAGGGCCUACGCCACUCAGGUUAAUCAUCAUCUGAAGGAAUGUCCGGAUCUGGACGCGUCCCCUCCUCAGGUCAUGUCUCAACUGAAGGUUGUGACCUCCACGGCGUCUGUGGAGGCCGUGCUGAGCUUUGGUGCACUUGAGGUGAAAUGGAUCCCGUUCUCCGUUUCUCAAACCACCAAUCAGAAAACUCCAAAUGACUCCUCCUCUUCCCCUCCCACCUCCACCGUUCCUCCUCCACCCUACAGACCACCCCUCCAAACCAGGACCACCAUUGACUCAUCCGUUGCUCUUGUCGCUACAUCCUCACAGUCUUCGUCCAGUCAGUUGCGUCUUUCUCCUUCCUCCUUCUUCAACGUCAUUCCAACCACCUCCACCGUUCUUGCACCCCCCUGCGGGACCCUUCCUCAAAACUGGAUCACCUGCAUCAAAGACUCACCUGUUCCAGUCAACUGUCCAAGGCUUUUGUUGGCUCCUCACCCCCCUUCAUCAGAUCCGUCUCUGGUCCUGAAACCGGUCCAGUCCUCACUGGCUGUGAACAAACCGACUGCCCCCCAGAACCAGAAUCAGUCCAGCACCGCCCUGCUACACGGCGCUCAGACCACGUCCUGCUUUAGCCUUUGGUCGGUCGUGCCUCAGUUUCCCAUGGUGCUCAGUCCGAUCUUACCUGAAAACACCUGGCUUGAUCACAAAAAGAGCCUGAUGGGAAAUGUCAGCCCUGUGACACCCAAUGGAAAGAAGAAGAAAAACUCAGACUCUGGCAGACCGAGUGGCCCGGCACCACGUCAACCACUGAAGGAUGUCAGCUUCACCACAACCAGCAGCGACAAGCGCCUCACCCCCGAUAUCGGCCUUCAUUCUUCUUCUCUGAAAGACCAGCAGCAGAGUCCUGUGGUGAGGGCGGUGGCGGACUCCGCCUGUGAUCGCGGUGUUCAGCCGAUCGCAGCGAGGCGGGCAGAACCUGCAGAGAACGAACCGACGUCCACCGUGUCUGAAGAACCUGCACCAGCAGCGGAACGGUAUGUUCCUGCACCUGAAGUAUUGCAUACAGAACCUGAACCUGAAUUAUCGGAUACAGAACCUGAAGAACCUGAACCCGCACCUGAAGUUUCGGAUACAGAACUUGAAGAACCUGAACCUGCACCUGAAGCAUCGCAUACAGAACCUGAACCUGAAGCAUCGCAUACAGAACCUGAACCUGCACCUGAAACAUCGUAUACAGAAUCUGAACCUGCACCUGAAGCAUCGCAUACAGAACCUGAACCUGCACCUGAAGCAUCGCAUACAGAAUCUGAACCUGCACCUCAAGCAUCGCAUACAGAACCUGAACCUGCACCUGAAGCAUCGCAUACAGAACCUGAACCAUCAGAUACAGAACCUGAACCUGCACCUGAAGCAUUGCAUACAGAACCUGAACCUCAAGCAUCGCAUUCAGAAUUUGAACCUGAACCUGAAUUAUCGCAUACAGAAUCUGAACCUGAACCUCAAGCAUCGCAUACAGAAUUUGAACCUGAAGUAUCGCAUACAGAAUUUGAACCUGAACCUGAACCUGAAGUAUCGCAUACAGAAUCUGAACCUGAACCUGAAGCAUCGCAUACAGAAUCUGAACCUGAACCUGAAGCAUCGUAUACAGAAUCUGAACCUGAACCUGAAGCAUCGUAUACAGAAUCUGAACCUGAACCUGAAGCAUCGUAUACAGAAUCUGAACCUGAACCUGAAGCAUCGCAUACAGAACCUGAACCUGAAGCAUCGCAUACAGAAUCUGAACCUGAAGCAUCGCAUACAGAAUUUGAACCUAAACCUGCACCUGAGGUAUCAGAUACAGAACCUGAACCAUCAGAUACAGAACCUGAACCAUCGGAUACAGAACCUGAACCUGCACCUGAAGCAUCGCAUACAGAACCUGAACGGUGUUCUGUGAUUGGACACCCAGACUGCAUUAUGAGCCAAUGGCAGCCCAGAGUGUCUCUGUUCAGGCUGCCUGUAACUGGAGAAGAGCUUUACCUGAAGGAGAUAAGAGAAGUCACUCAGCCCCAUGCAGGUGAGGUCACAGAUGACAUCAUCACGGAGCUGCCGGAGUCCCCAGAGUCCCCAGAGUCCCCAGAGUCCCCAGGGUCCCCAGAGUCCCCAGAGUCCCCAGGGUCCCCAGGGUCCCCAGAGUCCCCAGAGUCCCCAGGGUCCCCAGAGUCCCCAGAGUCCCCAGAGUCCCCAGGGUCCCCAGGGUCCCCAGAGUCCCCAGAGUCCCCAGGGUCCCCAGGGUCCCCAGGGUCCCCAGAGUCCCCAGAGUCCCCAGAGUCCCCAGAGUCCCCAGGGUCCCCAGGGUCCCCAGAGUCCCCAGGGUCCCCAGGGUCCCCAGAGUCCCCAGGGUCCCCAGGGUCCCCAGAGUCCCCAGGGUCCCCAGGGUCCCCAGAGUCCCCAGGGUCCCCAGAGUCCCCAGAGUCCCCAGUGACUCUGGUGACGGUCACCUGCUCCGCCUGUCAGUCGGCCAACAGUUCAAUAAUCUGUUCCUCCUGCGGUCGAGGGUACCACCGGGACUGUCAUGAUCCCCCUGUUGGACCCGACAUCCGGUCCGAGUGGAUCUGCUCACUGUGUCAGGACCUGUUGGACCCCUCAGACCCCUUCAGCUCUGACAGACCACCAAGACCUCAGAGACCCUGUCUCAAUCUGCAGGACCAGAGGCGGUGUGAGAGGCAGCUGCUGCACCUGAAGGUGGAAGGACGCACCCGACUGUCUCAGUCUCAGCUCACCUUGAUGUCGGAGCGUCUGUCUCUCCGUCGCUCUCCUUCCUAUGAAACAGCUGCAGAGUUUCUGCGUGACGCCAGGAGUCUGUUUCCAGACGCCCCGCAGGACGACGACGUGCUGAGCAUCCUGAAGGAGAGUCUCCGGAGCCGUUUAGCUUCCAAGUCGAUGUUGCGGAGAAGCAGAAACUCAAAUGGAGGGACGCCUGCGGCCGGACUGCGGUUCAACUCCAACACCUCAGACGGACUAAAAGUCGCCAAGGGCCUAAAGGGGUCAAAGGUCAAAUCGAAGGAACAUGACGCGACCAUCGACAGAGUGUCCAACGGGAACGAGACGAGGAAGAGACUGAGAAACCUUCUGGAUCGCUUACAGACGUCCCGGUCCAAGAGGACGAAGACGGAGGUCAAAACACCACCCGGGAAUUCUGGGAACUGAAGUUCAAACAAGUUUAUUCUGAUUCCUCUUUCUGUGAAGCUGAAGUGUACUCGACUCUGAAUGUUGAUUUCAUUGAUAAUUGUCUGUGUGUUUUUUUAUAAACUUUGACUUUUUUUUAAUAAAUAAUUUUCUAAAUGAGUAA